CACUCUCGUGCUCAUUAUUCCGGCAAAUUUCCUUACAAAAAGACGUGUUCUUUUCAUAAAAAAAACGUUUUUUUAAUGAAAUUUUCAAAGAUUUCGUAAAUAUUUUCAAAAUAAAAAUAAUGUAUAAUUAAUAGCAACAAAAAAAGGCCUAAUUACUUAGUGUAGUAGUGUUUGGAAACGAAAAAAAUCUCAUUUAUAUAAGCAUUUACCCAAGAAUUCAAUGGUUCAUUUUGCAUAAAAUCAACUAACGCAAAAGAAUCAUACACAUAAUCGGUCCGGGCAGUGGUUGCGCAACUCCACCUCCCCUUUUUAGCUAAACGAUAUUUAAAUUAAAUAGUCUUUUAAUUUUAUUAAGAAAAAAUAAAAGAAAAAGUGUAGUGUUUAAGAAAAGAAAACAAACCACCAUGAAGAAACGUUCUAGUUCACGUGGUAGUCCCGAGGCUGCCGAUAGCAGUAAUACAUCUUCUACUCUACAUGCACCUGCUAGCGUUAAAUCUGGUGCCAGUAGUGCACCCACCACACCAAUCAAAACACGUGGAGUUAAUACUCCUAAGCCAAAGCCUGAGGAGAUAGCCGAAACUUUUUUGGUGGUUAAUGAACGUCCUGUCGAUGAUAUAUCCUUGGAUUUCUUUUAUAAACCUCAUACCAUUACCCUGCUGGCGGUGUCUGUAUUGGCUGUUAUGUAUUUUGCUUUUGUGAGGGACGAAGGCAAUUUUGAGGACAACAUUUGGGCUGGUAUAUUAUGCGUGGUCUUCUUUUUCCUAAUUAUAUCAGUGCUGGCAUUUCCCAACGGUCCCUUUACACGACCUCAUCCGGCGGUAUGGCGUAUAUUAUUUGGCUGCUCCGUAUUGUACUUAAUGGCUCUACAAUUUCUAAUGUUUCAAAAUCACAAAACAAUAAUGAAUAUAUUCUAUUGGCUGGAUCCCAAACUAAAAGAUUUUCACAUUAAUAUGGAUAAAGAAUACGGUGUCAAUUGCUCAGAUGUUUCCUUUGAACGUGUUAAAGGUCAUUUGGAUGUCUUUGCCUGGGGUCACUUUUUGGGUUGGGCUUUCAAGGCCGUCCUUAUCCGUCACAUGGGUAUUUUAUGGGCCAUUUCUGUUAUGUGGGAAAUUACUGAAAUUACAUUUGCUCAUUUAUUGCCCAAUUUCAUUGAAUGCUGGUGGGAUGCUUUAAUUUUGGAUGUUUUGAUCUGUAAUGGUUUGGGCAUUUGGGUUGGUUUGAAAAUUUGCAAAAUUUUGGAAAUGCGAGAAUAUAAAUGGGCCAGUAUUAAGGAUAUUUCUUCGACUAGUGGUAAAAUUAAGCGUGCCAUGUUACAAUUUACCCCCGAGAGCUGGACUGCUAUUAGAUGGUUGGAUCCUAAAUCAACUGCUAUGCGUUUUGCUGCUGUUAUUCAGUUGGUGAUAUUUUGGCAGGUUACUGAACUCAACACGUUCUUCCUUAAACACAUCUUUGAAAUGCCCCCCGAUCAUUAUGUGGUUAUUGGUCGUUUAAUAUUCAUUGGUCUUUUUGUGGCGCCUUCAGUAAGACAAUAUUAUACUUAUGUUACGGAUACACGUUGUAAACGUGUGGGUACCCAAUGUUGGGUAUAUGGUGCCAUUAUGGUGUCCGAAGCGAUUUUAUGCAUUAAAAAUGGCAAAGAAUUAUUUGAACGCACGCAAGCUAUAAAUAUUGUAAUCUGGUUGACAGUACAAGUUAUAAUUUCGAUUGCCUUUGUUUAUGGUUGUAUAUUAUGGCAGCGCAUGAUGGAUAAACGCAAGAGUAAUAAGCAAUUACAACAAUCACCCUCAAAAAAAGUUAAAAGUUUGGAAAAACAACAAUCAAAAGGCAAAAUGUCACCCAAAAAAUCCCCCAAACGCAACGACAAGAAGAUUGAAUAAAUAUUUAAGGAAUUUUUUUGUUGAAAAAAAAAAAUUCUUUUAAAUGAACAAAAAACACAUACAACACUUUUUCUCAUAAACAAACAGCAACAAUUUUCCCGUUUAAAUAUGAUUUUCCUCUCUACAUUACAAAUUAACCCUACAUUUAAACAAACUCAAUAUUAACACAAAAGCAACAAUAAUAGUUAAAUUAUUUUAGUUUAAACAACAACAACUUCCCAAUUUUA